AGGAUGUUUUGUAGAAUGUUGACGAGUGAUAACAGUGUACAUUCUUGCCAAUAUCCCGUAGACCCAGCAGUUCCAGUUAUCCAGACGGUUGCAGAUGAGCACGACUGCAACUGUCAGUCCCCGAACAUCGCCCGGCCGGUCCAGCUGCAUGUAGCCUGGCGGCGCCCUGACCACAUCCACGGCCAGCUGCAGGCGUACCGAGUCAGCCUGUACAACAGGACCGGUGGGGAACCGUUCUACCAGGAGAACGUGACGUCAGGACUGCAGCAGGAGAACCUGACAGCUGUGGUGACGUCAUCACACCUGCAGCCCGCUUACAACUACUCUGUCACGAUAUCAGCCAUCAACACCUUCUACCAUGGGAACGAGAGCAAUCCAUAUGUGGUCCGGACGAGUGACGGGUGCCCAGAUGCCCCGACUGUGACAUGGAUGGCAGACAGUGAGUGUGGAGUGAACUGGACAGGUCCUACAGAAACCCGAGGGAGGCUGACAGGGUACAAUGUUACAUAUACAGACACACCACUUCAUAAUCCAGGCGAAUCUGAACCGCGCGUCAGCCAUAACACUUUCUCUGUGGAUCAACACCAGUGGUCCAAGUCACUGGAUGACCUCCCGGCUAACUCACGGGUCCGAGUCACAGUCCGUGCGGUAACCUGUGCCGCGGGAGACAAGGGGAAGGAGUUCACUUGUGAAGUCUCAAGAGUUGAACCACCCCCGCCUCCAGUGCUCCCUACUGGCCUACCCCCGAAACCUUCGGCAACAUCUUUCCCCGUGGUCCUUCCGAAAGUGAGCGAAAGGAAUGGUCUCAUACGUUGUUGCCAAAUCAUCGUCAUCACCAUGAAUAAAGACGAGAGCCUUGCUGACCUGGAAACAAGAGUUGGAGAACCAGACGUCAUGCUUACCGAGGACGCUCCUGCGGACGGGAAAACUCAACCUUAUGUGGCGUUAUCACUUUCAAAAGAGAAGUACAAAAGCACUAAAGAAGUACGGAUUGGCGAUGGCGGACCCUGUGGUCACAAGUGGUGCUGUGAGCGGAGUGAACUUGCCGAUCCCAGCCUCGCGAAGAAUCCGGGAAAUGUAAAGCUCCGAUCAGGGGUGACGUACACAGCAGCAGUAAGAUGCUAUGUGGACUCUGGUGCCAGGAGACGCAAGCGGAACACAGAAAGGCUGUUCACGACAAGUGGUUAUAUUGAACCAGUGAUUACAGAAACAGAGCAACCUGCAGCUGUUCCCGUCGCUCCCAUAGUUGGCGGCAGUGUGGCUGCUCUUAUUGUAGUCAUCGUUCUGGUGACAGUAGGGAUAAUAUGCCACAGGAAAAGAAACACCAAAGAUGACCAGAACCUCACAGGGCUUCAGAUAGGUCUGAAGGCGAUCACAAAAGACGAACCUUCCGACAAGGUCAAGGAGUCAGCUGACAAUCCUACAUGUACUGCACUGGAUGAAGAUGGUGCAACGUAUGAAACGACCAUUUACAGCAGCGCCGAUCUUGUAACUGUGGAUGACGUAGUGGAUUUCCUGAGAGCCACUGAUGAGGGGCUUGGGCAGUACGCUGCAGUAUUUAGGAAGAACAGAGUAGAUGGAGUAGGAGCCUUGUCCCUAACCGGCGACAUGCUUGCUGAGCUCGUCCCUGAGGUCGGACCUAGAGCAAAACUGCAGAAGGCCCUUCAAGAACUGAAGGGGGAUCCGGAAUCCACUGAAAUCAGCAAACCUGUCCACUCUGACUGGGAAAUCCCCCGCUCCAGUCUGACGCUCGGCAAAGUCCUGGGGAAGGGUCAGUUUGGGGAGGUUCGUCUGGGGGAGCUGAGGAAGAGGGGCGUCACCCAGACUGUGGCAGUCAAGACACUGAAAGAAUUUGCAGAAGACAGAGACAAAGAGGACCUUAAGGGAGAGUUGGAUAUUCUGGUCACUGUCGGUCGUCAUGACAACAUCAUCAGUCUGGUUGGUGCAUGUACGGUGGAAGGUCCGCUAGUACUUGUGGUUGAGUACGCACCCAAUGGCUGCCUGAAGGACUGGCUGAAGGACAACCGUCCUGAGGAGCUGAACCAGACAGACAUCCCCUCCUCCGGGAUCCAGCUGCCGAUGGACCAACUCAUCAUGUUCGGUAUCGACAUCGCGAACGGGAUGAGUCAUCUGGCUGCCAUGCAGUGCGUCCACCGUGACCUUGCCGCCAGGAAUGUGCUCCUUGGGAAGAACCUGACCGCCAAGAUCUCGGACUUCGGUUUGUCACGUGACAUCUACGAGGAGUCCGAGUACGUCACAAGCACAAAGAGCCAGCUUCCCGUACGUUGGCUCGCCUACGAGUCCCUGUUCUACCACGUGUACACCACACAGAGUGAUGUAUGGUCCUUUGGAAUCCUUUUGUGGGAGAUCAUGACAAUGGGUAAAAAGCCGUACGGGCAAACGACAGGCAAAGAGCUGAUGAAGCUGCUUCCGACUGGCUACAGGCUGGAGAAACCUGCCGUAUGUCCGCAAGACGUUUAUGAUGUGAUGACGAUUUGCUGGGAAACCCUCCCUGAGAACAGGCCAACUUUCCCGCAGCUGAGGGCAACCCUUGAUCGGAUCAUUCAAGAUCACACGGCAUAUGCCUCCCUGAUGAAGUAGAAAACCACGGAAAGAAAGAGAGAGACAGAGAAGAAUUCGCCAACAGGGAAACAUUAUUUUU